AUGGAUCGCCCCUCCAAACGAACCAGAAUUUCAUCUUUCGAGCACCAUCCACCUACAACUGAUCCAGCAUACCGCGACACAUUGACAGCAGAAAACAAUGGCUUGGCAUCACUACGUCGAUCUAUCACGCCGCCGCCUCCACCACGACGCCAGAAAUCAACCAGCACCACAGCCGUACCUGAUGGAGUAAAAGCGACUGAACUUCCAAAACAAAAACAGAUACCUACUACCACUCAUUCAUCCCCAAUUCAACUUACCCAUAUCCGGGAUCUACCCGCGUCGUCGGGGAACAAUGUCGACACUGUCCGACUGCGAGAUAUCCUCGAGGAUCCGAUGAUCCGCGAAUGCUGGCAGUUUAAUUUCUUGAUAGACGUGGAUUUUCUGAUGAGUCAGUUUGAUGAGGAUGUCAGGGACUUGAUGAAGGUGAAGGUGGUGCAUGGGUCGUGGAAGAGGGAUGCGCCUAAUAGGAUACGGAUUGAUGAACAAUGCUCGAGAUAUCCAAAUGUGGAGCCGAUAGUUGCGUACAUGCCGGAACCGUUUGGUACGCAUCAUUCCAAGAUGAUGAUUCUACUUCGACAUGAUGAUCUUGCUCAGGUCAUAAUUCAUACAGCCAACAUGAUCCCCGGAGACUGGGCAAACAUGACCCAAGCAGUCUGGCGCUCUCCUCUUCUGCCACUGUUACCAAACACAUCCACUUCUGAAGGAACCGGAGGAUACGGUAGUGGAACCAGAUUCAAGCGAGACCUACUCAGCUAUCUAAAUGCAUACGGACGUCAAAAAACAGGCCCGUUGGUUAAGCAGUUGGAACGUUUCGAUUUCCGGGCCGUGCGAGCAGCAUUAAUAGCCAGCGUGCCUUUGAAACAGAAAGCUGAGACUAUGGACGCCAAAAGGCAAACGCUGUGGGGAUGGCCGGCUUUGAAAGAUAUUCUACGACAUGUCCCGUUGGCGCCGCAUUCUGGGACGGCACAUAUUGUGCUUCAGCAGAUAUCCUCGAUUGCGUCACUAGGCCAAACAGACAAAUGGUUAAACGAUAUCUUCUUCGAUUCUCUCGCGCAAUAUUCAUCCCCAACACCGCGUCCGCGGUUCUCUAUUAUCUUCCCUACGCCGGACGAGAUUCGUCGUUCACUCAACGGCUACGGCUCCGGUGGAUCCAUUCACAUGAAAACGCAAAGUGCGCCUCAGCAGAAACAGCUACAGUAUAUGCGUCCUUAUCUGCGACAGUGGGCAGGGGACAGUGACUUUGGUCUCGAAACAUCAUCCGCUGAAGCAGAAUCUAUUCCUCGACGGGAAGCGGGUCGUCGUCGUGCGGCGCCUCAUAUUAAGACCUACAUCCGGUUCUCAGAUGCGGGAAUGGAAUCUGUAGACUGGGCGAUAGUGACCUCUGCGAACCUGUCUACCCAAGCGUGGGGCGCAGCUGUUAAUGCGCAGCGAGAAGUUAGGAUCUGCAGCUGGGAGAUUGGGGUGGUUGUAUGGCCCGGAUUGUACGUUGAUGGUUCUCCAGAGACUAAGACAGCCAAGAUGGUUCCGUGCUUCAAGCAAGAUCGUCCCGCUGAAACCAAGUCUGGGCUGGAGGAUGUCCUGGUCGGAUUCCGAAUGCCCUACGAUGUCCCGUUAACACCGUAUAGACCUCGGGAUGAGCCAUGGUGCGCAACGGCAAGUCACCCGGAACCAGACUGGUUAGGGCAGACAUGGGAUGGUUAG